GUGGGAUUUGCCCCUCGCUGGGGAGAAGAGAUGGGAAGGUUCUCGGCCACCAGCCCCGAGGCUCUGGCUCCUCUGUGUGGAAAAUGAGGGGGGGUGGCCCUGGGUGUCCAGGGGGUCUGGUCUGCAGCACACUCGGCAUGAACAGCUCUCAGUCCACGUGGCGAGCAGUUUUUCCCACAUCAACAGUCACAUGGGGACUUAGCCCCAACACGGCUGCACCGCAGCCCAGGAAGGGCCAGGCUGGCCCCCAGGGCCUCCUCCACCCUUGGCCACAAGCCACGUGCUUGCUGACCAUGGCGUGGGGGGAGGGAGCCUCGCUCUGCCAAGGGCAGCCCCGGGGCCUCACAGUUCUGCCCGGCUGGCACAGGGCAGGCUCCUGGGUCUGCAGAGCUGGUGGAAGUCAGGGUCCCACGAGGAUGGGCUCCCACCGCCCCGACCCUGGGAGAACUGUGGGAAGACUGGGUGUGGAGUCCUGGAUUCGAGUCUUACAUCUGCUUCUCACCUGCUGUGUGGCCCUGGGCAAGUCACUUCCCCUCUCUGGGCCUCUGCUUCCCCAACUAUAACACAGGCUGAUGAUCAGCCUGUCUCCUCCUGGGGCAGCCACUGGAUGCCUGCUCUGUGCCCAGCAUCCUCUACGACCGACAGCGGGUCUCGCCCGGGCGAUCCCGCCCCCCAGGGGGCGUGGGCGAUGUCUGGGAACGUCUGUGGUUGUCACGACUGGGGGGCUCCUGGCGUCGAUGGGGUGGGGGUCAGGGAUGCUUCUCCACACCCCCCAGGGCCCAGGACGGCCUCCCACAGAGAAUGAUCCAGCCCCGGAAGUCAGCGAUGCUGAGGGACCUCACACAACCCCAGUGCAUUCUGAAGGUGGGGACGCUGAGCCCUGAAAAAAGCAGGGUGUCUGUUGAACGGUGGGGGGUGAGCUGGAGCCCAUGCUGACAGGAAGAGGGUUUGGAGUGGGCUGAUGGUGGCCUGGCGGUGGCAGAGAUGCAGAGCAUGGUGGAUCUGGGACAUGUUUGGAGGUGGAGCUGACAGCACCUGGUGAUGGAUUGGCCGGGGGUGUGAAUGAGGAGCUGCCAGGGGACGGGUGACGUCGGGACACUGCGGGGCCUCCGGGUGAUGUCGGGAUGUGGCUGGUCCCCAGGGCUGGAGCUCAGGAGAGACACAGGGUCAGGAGUCAUCAGUGAACAGAUGGUACUUAGUCCUGGACGGACAGGGUGGCAGGUCCCUGGGGGUAAAAGGAGUGUCUGGAGGGCAGGUGGUGACCUUGACCGCCCUGUGGGUGUCACCUCCCCCGAGGCCCCUGCCUUAAGGAGGAGGGAAGGGGCAGAGAAGGUGUAGCAUCAACACGGACCUGUCCACAUGGCCUCAUUUUACCACCCAGCACGGCCCCCCUGAGUGGCCUUUGCCAGACCUGUCCCUCCCACCCCCCGCCUGCCCUUCCCACCACCGUUCACAGCCGGCUGGCCUUCUCACCACCUUUCAGGAAAUGGACCCGAUGCCCUAAAAACGUAGCAGCAAAAGCAGGACUGGAAUCCAGACCCCCACCCUAAUUGGGACCUGGGAUCCUGGCCUUCUAACCCCACCUCAAGGCCCAGGCCUCCACGCGAGGAAACAGGCCCAGAGAGGGUGACUCACUUGCUCAGGGCACCCAGCCCUCCACCGAGACCACCCUCCCGCGAGCUCUCCCGCUUCCCAGUCCAGCCAACGUCGAGGUGCCCACGAGGAUGGUGGCGCGGCCCUAGGCCCAGGCUCCGCACCAUGACCUGCUGGCUGUGUGUCCUGAGCCUGCAGUUUCUGCUCCUGCCCGCGGCCCCGCCCCCCGCUGGGGGCUGCCCGGCCCGCUGCGAGUGUACAGUGCAGAUGCGCGCGGUAGCCUGUCCCCGGCGCCGGCUGACCGCGGUGCCCGACGGCAUCCCGGCCGAGACGCGCCUGCUAGAGCUCAGCCGCAACCGCAUCCGCUGCCUGAACCCGGGCGACCUGGCCGCCCUGCCGCUGCUGGAGGAGCUGGACCUGAGCGAGAACGUGAUCGCGCACGUGGAGCCCGGCGCCUUCGCCAACCUGCCGCGCUUGCGAGAGCUGCGCCUCCGCGGCAACCUGCUGAAGCUCAUCCCGCCCGGCGUCUUCACGCACCUGGACAACCUCACGCUGCUGGACCUGAGCGAGAACAAGCUGGUCAUCCUCCUGGACUACACCUUCCAGGACCUGCGCAGCCUCCGCCGGCUGGAGAUGGGCGACAACGACCUGGUGUUCAUCUCGCGCCGGGCCUUCGCGGGGCUGCUGGCGCUUGAGGAGCUGACCCUGGAGCGCUGCAACCUGACGGCGCUGUCGGGCGAGUCGCUGGGCCACCUGCGGGGCCUGGGCGCCCUGCGGCUGCGGCACCUGGCCAUCGCCGCCCUGGAGGACCAGAACUUCCAGCGGCUCCCGGGCCUGCUGCACCUGGAGAUCGACAACUGGCCCCUGCUGGAGGAGGUGGCCGCCGGCAGCCUGAGGGGGCUCAACCUGACCUCGCUGUCCGUCACGCACACCAACAUCACCGCCGUGCCGGCCGCCGCCCUGCGCCACCAGGCCCACCUCACCUGCCUCAAUCUCUCACACAACCCCAUCAGCACGGUGCCGCGAGGGUCCUUCCGCGACCUGGUGCGCCUUCGUGAGCUGCACCUGGCUGGGGCCCUGCUGGCCGUGGUGGAGCCGCAGGCCUUCCUGGGGCUGCGGCAGAUCCGCCUGCUCAACCUCUCUAACAACCUGCUGUCCACGCUGGAGGAGAGCACUUUCCACUCGGUCAACACGCUGGAGACGCUGCGUGUGGAUGGGAACCCGCUGGCCUGCGACUGUCGCCUGCUCUGGAUCGUGCAGCGCCGCAAGACCCUCAAUUUCGACGGCCGCCUGCCGGCCUGCGCCACCCCAGCCGAGGUCCGCGGCGACGCGCUGCGCAAUCUGCCGGACUCGGUGCUCUUCGAGUACUUCGUGUGCCGCAAGCCCAAGAUCCGCGAGCGGCGGCUGCAGCAUGUCACGGCGGCCGCGGGCGACGACGUGCGCUUCCAGUGCCGCGCCGAGGGCGAGCCGGCGCCCACCGUGGCCUGGGUGACGCCGCGCCACCGCGCGGUGACCGCCGCCAGCGCCGGCCGGGCGCGCGUGCUGCCGGGCGGCACGCUUCAGAUCCGGGACGCGCGGCCAGGGGACAGCGGCACCUACACGUGCGUGGCCAGCAACGCGGGCGGCAACGACACCUACUUCGCCACGCUGAGCGUGCAGCCCGAGCCAGCCACCAACCGGACCCCGGGCGAGGGCCGCAACGACACGCAGGCGGCCGUGCGCUUUCCUCUGGACCUCACCACUAUCCUGGUGUCUACCGCCAUGGGCUGCAUCACCUUCCUAGGCGUCGUCCUCUUCUGCUUCCUGCUGCUCUUCGUGUGGAGCCGCGGCCGCGGGCAGCACAAGAACAACUUCUCGGUGGAGUACUCUUUCCGCAAGGUGGACGGGCCCGCCGCGGCUGCCGGCCAGGGGGGCGCCCGCAAGUUCAACAUGAAGAUGAUCUGAGAGGCCCCGGCCCACCUCCCGCGGCCCCCGCUGCUGCGCCUGCGCCAGAGGCCGCGUCUCCGUCUCCGCCCAAAUCCACGCCAGCCCCUGGCUGGCCCAUCUGACUACCACCUAUGCAUUUCCCGUAGGGGGCGGCCGCAAGCCGGCUCCUGGCACAACUUCCCCUUUUUUUGUAGAGACCCAACCACAGGACUGUUUUUUCAUCAGGAUGCAUCUUUUGCAGAGUUUCUCAAGCGUUUUCUUAGGGUUUCACGCUGUCUUCCUGCCCCUCGUGUGGUCGCUGAGCUGGGCAGGGAGCGGAGGGUGCUCAGAGGCCCAGGGUCCCGGGCGUAAACAGCUCACACCUGGUGGAGAUGGUCUACACCUGGUGGAGAUGGUCUACACCUGGAACCCCACGGAGGUCACCAGGGGCACGUGAAAGCCCUCACUGUUCACACCUGCACACACACACACACACACCGCCCCCGUCCCUACACCAGAGCACACACGCACACCUGGAACAUACAACCAGACGCACGGCUCCAGAGUGGAACACACACACCUCACACCCAGCUGACACUGAGCAGGUGUCCCAAGCUCCAGAGCUCACCAAGGGCACACAGGGCUCUGGGGAGAGAACAGUGCACACCUGGGCCAGGCAGCUCACACUUGGGACACAUUUCAGCUCACACCCGGACAGUCAGCUCACACCCAACUCCCGCUCAGCUGGCCAUCUUGGGGCAGAUCUCAGGGGCUGCGCUACGGUCUCGCUGAGGAGGUCAGGCUCACCCUGAGGUGGUCCAGCACGCAGGAUGGUCCCUGACCCGCUGGCCCAGAUGCCCCUGCACCCAGACUCCUGCCCGCCAGGACCUGUUGGCCAAGCAGGGUGGGCUGCCCGCUAGGAGAAGCCAUUCCCCUGGUUCCUCCCACCAUCCCUCACAGCUGCCACCUGCUUCCUUGCUCUCACCACCCAGGAGGGACAGCCGUCCUGGCCCCUGGCCCAGGAGCAUGGCUUCCAGGUGUCCCUCUCCAGCAGACCAGUUGGAGUGACCUUCAACCCCGAGUCUGCAGCACCCCUGCCCAGCCCCGUGGCCCAUUGCUCACCUCGGGAAGGAGACCAGAGCGUGGACGGUUCUCAGGGUCCCUGUUAUGGGCAUGGAAGGGGCAGCGAUGGGGAGAAAGGCCAGAACAAAGGUUCAAGCUACAGGGAGGCCUGGACCUAGGUCGUUGGGAGAAGGUGACAGAGGCACCUUGGUCUCUGCAAUGUUGGGGCAGAUCUUGGGCCAAAGAGUAGAGAGGGUCACAGGAAGACUGUAGCUCAGGUGAAAGAAGAGCUUCCCCAAGGUCACUGCCCUGUUGCUCCACAGCUAGUGAGUUCCCAGUCACUGGGGGUAUGCAAGCAGGAGCUGAGGUUUUGCAGAAGUAUUCAGAUACCAGACAGGGACCAUACAUGACCCUGCCUCACCCAGCCUGGUCCUUGCCCCGACUCUCUACCUCGGCCAGACAACAGUUAGGGCAUCACUUGGGGGAAAGGGCACAGGAAAUUUUGUGUGGCCAGGCCCUGGGCAGAAGGGAGGUUAGACAGUAUUCUCAAGGACCUUGUAAGAAGGUUCAAAGCCAGCUCUGUGCCCUCGCAGCUGUGUAAUCUUUGUUGGCAACCGAGGACCACCUGGACCAUUGGUGUCCACGUCUAUAAAAUGGGUCUGACGGUCAAACCUAUUGCUACAUACGUAGAGGCCAGGCCCGUGGACAAGCUUGGUGAUUGACUUGGAUUCUGGAUCCCUCCAGAUCUUUCUGAGAUGAGCCAGAGAGAAAGCUGUCCCUCCUGGAAGUUUUGCACAAAGGAUUCAGCCAGAAGGUGGAAGGGGCCCCUGGCCAUUCUCCCUGGGCUGGAAGCAUCGGGAGGCCCUGAUCCCGCUUCAGCAUGCACAUGGGCCAACAGGGCUGUGUGGCAGGCUGCUGACCACAGCCAGCCAGGGUGGGGACCCCACCCAACCCCAUUCAUGGCAGGAAGUGAGUGAGGGCCGAAUGGGGUGUCCAGCGGCCCUACACAGAGUCGAACAGAGUGGACUAGUUUUGUUCCCUUAGCAUCCUCCUGACCUUGGUUGCCACGACAACACCGAGGGCCCCUCAAAACGACAUCCAAGUGCCUUUACCAUCAUCAAGACAGGAGGGAGUAUGUUCUCAGCAGUGUUAGGACUUAUAGAAUGUCAGCAUAUUGAGAUCUCCCAGUCCCCUCUGCCCACCCCCUGUCCCAACAUCAACCAAGACCCUUAGCCCCUGUCCCCCACCCCUACCCGGCUGUAUUUGGUUGGAAUCCAAUAAAAAUGAAACCAAUUUAAUAACAAACUUCAGGGUUUUUUAAAAUUCUCAUGGGAAGCAUGGGGGCAGAAAGUAGGGGCUGCUGGGGGUCCCUGAGGGAGAGGCCUGGCUUCAGCACCAAAGCUGACCCUGAGUCAUAGGGCAUUUGUGGAGAAUGACCCGUGUGAUAAGGUUAGAGGUCACACUUCAGGAGUGCCCGUGCUGUUCCCAGCGCUGUCCCCUGUGCUGCCUGCAUUCACUCCCCCAUGAGCUGGGUCCUGUUAUGACCCCAUUUUACAGGUGGGCAAAGGGAGAGUCAAGUCCCCAGCUAGGGAGAAGCAGGGUGCUGAGAGGGACCAGUGGCACUGGGCUGUCCAGGGGAACUCUUGCCCUGAGCUUGGUCCAGGGGCGGAGCCAGCGGCAGGGAGGAAAGGAGAAGUGAGGUGCAGACUCCCUCCCUCCCUGCUGCGCCUCUGGAGCUGGCAGCUUCUCCCCCUGGGGCUUCCCCUGGCCAAGGGCAGCUGAAGGGGGACCCGCCCCGUUGGUGGCUAGAAACCCAAGGCGGGGCCCCGCAGAGGGAUGUCUGUGGCCUCAGUGCUGUGUGGCCUGGGGGAAGUCGCUGCCCCUCUCUGUGCAGUGUGCUCAUCUAUAAACUGGAGGAUUAUGGUCGUCUUUUAUGCAGGGAACUGUUUGAGCUUCCUAUGGCCGCUGUAACAAAACUUAGUGGCUUACAACAACUGAGAUUUAUUAUUUGACAGCUCUGGGGCUCAGAAGUCUAAAAUGGAUUGGCAGCUGGUCCUUCCCGAGGCUCCAGGGCAGCGUCGGUUCCCGCCUUUUCCAGCUUCUAGAGGCGCUGCAUCCCUGGCUCGCGGCCCCACCUGCAUCCUCAGAGCCCGCAGUGCAGCAUCUCCCGUCUCUCUCUGCCUCUGACCCUCCCGCCUCCCUCUUAUAAGGACCCUGGGAUGACGCUGGGCCCCCUGGGAAUCCAGGGUCACCCCCAUCCUCAUCUAAUCAGCAACCUUCACUUCCCCCUGCCGUGCCACAUAGCAUAUUCACAGGUUCUGGAGAUGGACAUCUUUGGGGACUGUAACCCUGCAUGCCACAAAAAACUGAGGCAUUUUUCUCAGAAAUGCGAAGUCAUGAGAAAUUCGGGAGGAUCUGGCAUCCUGAGCCCUUGCUCAGGGCGAUGCCAGGGAUGCAGAGAGCCCGGCCCCAGCUCCUGCAGCGCUCCAAAAACACUUCUCGAAUAAAAGAACAGCUUUACUAUCUGCAGAGGGUUUGACCCUGAUGUGGGGUGGCCGGCCAGGGCUGACACACAGGGGCCACUUUUCAGGGUGAGCUGAGGCAAUCGGUCCCCAUUUCUAGGCCUUAAGGGAGGACUGUCCAUUGGGGCUCAGUGGGGUGGUAGGCACAUUGGGGUGCUGAGCAGAUGUCAGCUGGCAUCUGCUCUCCUCCCCCACAAAGGGCCCCCAACCACUCCAAGGAGGGGUCAUCUUGAGGUAGGCAGCGGGGUCCCUGGGCACCAGCUGCCCCCCACCCUGCCUGUCCUGGGUGGAGAAGUCCCCAGGGAUGUCAUUGCUUGUCCCAGCCUGGCCCUUCUGUCCACCCCCCAAACCCCACCUCAGGAUCAGGCAAGUAAGGCACUGCCCUGGCAUCCAGAACUCAGUCAUCAAGAUCAAUAUUCUACGAACAAAAUUAAUUCAUGCCCCGAGUCCACAACCCUUUAGAUAAAGACAGGAUCCACUCUGCCUUGGCAUGACCCUGCCUCACUCCCCACACCCGAAUCCUGGCCCUGGUGCCAAUAAAACUUUAUUUACAAAAACAGCCGGCCAGCCCAAGGGCCAUAGUUUGCAAAUAAGAUGUUUUUUUAAUAUUACAUUAUUAUAUUACAAUGUUAUUUAUCUUGAUUACUGGGUUGUUGUUUUUUUUUCAAUCACGCUUUUAAUGAAAAGAUCAUAAAAUAACAGUUUCUCAUCACUGUACAUUAAGACUGCACACUUCUAAAUGGAGAAAUCGAUGAACUGCUUUACUAUGACACUUGAGGGUUGCAUACCUGCAGCUAUGACCUGAAUUUAUCCAAACUCUCGAGGGAAGUGAACUCGGUGUGAUGACUGACUGUAGCGGUGGCCAGUACAGGGGUGCGAUCACGGUCCCCCCUUCCUGGGAAGUGCGCGUAGCAGGACAUGAUCCCUCUUCCAGUUCCCGGUAAACAAAACAGCUAUAACCCCAUCCCUCGCCCUCCCCCUCGAGGUAUUUGUGAAUGGGCCAGUGCCCAACCUGGGGUCCCCCAACAGGGGAGGGGGAAAGCAAGUGAUGGGUAGGGGACAAAGAGGUUCCCCUCAGCACCUGGCCCCCCCGGGGCCCCGCCAAGUGGAGGCGGGGAGCCCUGGGGAUCCUCCCUGCCCUGAGUGAGGUCUGUUAUGCAGCGUAUUUGAGGUCAAUAAAUUACAGCAAUAAACAGCAAGGUGAGGUGGGGGAGGGGUUCCUGGUAGAAAAUUAAAGUGGGGUGACAAGCCCGGGGCAGGGUGGGUGGUCCUAGGCAGGGGGUCCCAGGCAGCCUCAGUCCCCACAGCUCACACCCACCCCCUGAUUUGGAAGGUCAGACUGAGGUCAGGCCCCGCUCCACCACCCGCUCCUGGCAUCGGGUUCACAGGUUCAGUGAUGCCCAACCUGGCUCUGGGGAAGAGCAAGGGCCUUGGUCCCUGCAGGGGGCCGGCAAGGCUGGGAUCCCUGGUCUGUUCUGAGGCCUGGUGCCUCUGCUUUCGUCCUCCCCCCACCCACCAAGCCAAGGCGACGGGACGGAUGCGGCCACCUCUGCCCUGAACCCUGCCCUCCCGGCUGCCCAGGCCUCACCCCGACUCCGGACAGCCACGGGCAGCGCGGCCGGGGUCCCUGGUGGAUCGCACUCCUGCACACGGCCAGUCCAGUGCAUUCUGACGGGUGGGAGUCAGGGUAGCCCACAGCUGCGUGAGGUUCUGAAAGUCUGUCUGGGUCCAGAUUGUUCGUUUCACAGGCUGAGGUGUGUGGCUAUGCUGCGAGUCUGAGAUUCGUAUUUGCUUAAAGGUUCCUCUUUCCUUCUUUACCUUUUCUGCAAUCCUGGAGGAGCCCCGGCGGCGGUGGGCUGGGUCUGGCGGGAGCGUGCAGUGGCGGAGCCCGGUCUGCCGCUCACUCGCCCCAAGUCUGAGAAAUAAAUACAUUCGUCACUGCACAGACAUUGAUACAAAAACAACACUGUUCAGAGCGUUUGCGCCGUCCGUGCAAUGUUUGCCCAGUGAGCCCCUCCCACGGCCGGGGUGGAGGUGGGGGUCCCCAGAGGGCGGUGACCCGCCGGAGCCCACGGAGCUGUGCAAAGUUCCAGGCUUUUUGGCGCGAGAGGGACCCUCACAUCAACACACCCGAGGGUCGCAGGCAGAGCAGUGGGAUGGGGGCGCACCUCCAUCCCAAGGGCCCAAGCCCAGGCUCAGGUCCUGCGGCCACAAGUGACAGCCACCCCUGCUGUGCCAGCUGGCAGGACCGCCAGGGUCUGGCCAGGAGGCCUGGGGGGGAACAGCUGGGCUGGGAGAGGCCGGGCUGGGAGGAGGGCUCAGGGGCCUCCACGCCCGCCCCAGGGCCUACUCAGAAGGGGCUCCGGCGGAAGCUGGGAUUCACUGGGACUGGCCUUUUAUCUGCUGAGGUCUGAAACUGUAAAAGUUUAUGUAAACAAACAAUGAGAUAAAUAUAUUAGUAUCUUUUUUUCUGAGCCCAUUGAGGUUCCACACGCAUUCAAGAUGUGCUUGGUUUAAAAAAUAGGUUUUGUGAAUUUGGGUGUGAGCUUUUUUUCUUCCCCUUUUUUUUUGGUCGUUGUUUAUCCUCUUUCCUCCAUGACAUCUGCUAUUUUCUGUUUCCUGUUUCUCCAAAACAUUCAGGAGUUCAGCGACUAAAGCAGAGAACUGUAAGCCGCCCUUUGGCCUCCAACAGCCUAAUCUCCUGGUGAGGCUCUAACACACAUCCACGCACACACUCACGAGCUCACACUCCGCAUGAAACCAAAGGAAAAGGAAAGCAAAACCAAGUGUCGUGUUAACCCCGCCCGCCCCACAAACCCUUAAAGUCUUAAGUAGGAAACUAGUGUUUCGCUUUCUUGUUCAAAUACAGAGAAGGCUCGAUGUAUGAUAUAAUACUCAGGUGGGCACAACACUACAUCGCACGAAGGUCGUCAAGUGAGGGCCUCUGCGCCCGGUCCCCGAAGCUCUGCCUUGAACCACCUGCUUCACCGGGGUCCAUGCCCAGGGGCGUGUGUGCAGCUCCCGCUACAGACUUCUGUCGUGUGGCUUAAGUGCCGACGGCGUAGGGGGGUCGGGAGAGCAGAAGCGCUGCAGGGCCCCGCCCGACUUGCUGGAACACGAGUCCCCAGAGGGGAGAGGAGUGGCCGGAGGCCGGGGGCACCCCACGGGCUCAGCAGGGCCCCGCGUGGCCCUCGUGCCCUCACUCCCGAUACCCACCACUCGGGUCCCUGAACUCAGGCUCUGGUUUCAGCUGGAGGGUCUCUGGAGGGGUGGAGGGUAGGGGUAGGGGAUGACUCUGGAACUUUUUGGUCUGAACUUAAAGUAGAAAGAAAUAAAAACCUGAAGCAAAAUGAAGAAGAUAAA